AUCUGCUUUCUUUAAUUCUCAUGCCAGAUAAUUAAGCGGCAAAAGUAGAGUUUAAUUCAGGAGUUAGACUAAAAUAUGGCAGUUUUGUUUGCUCUUGCUCUUGCCCUUUUGGUUUUUCCGAUUUCUUCUCCAGCGGGUGCGCUGAGCUUUAACUAUUAUGAUCAUACUUGUCCUCAGCUCGAGCAUACAGUUAGCAGUGCCGUCAAAAAAGCAAUGGAGAAUGAUAAGACAGUUCCAGCUGCACUGCUCAGAAUGCACUUCCAUGACUGUUUUAUUAGAGGUUGUGAUGCUUCUGUGCUCUUGGAGUCAAAGGGAAAGAACACAGCAGAGAAAGAUGGACCUCCAAACAUUUCAUUGCAUGCAUUUUAUGUCAUUGACAAUGCAAAGAAAGCUGUAGAAGCUACAUGUCCUGGUGUGGUCUCUUGUGCUGAUAUUUUGGCUCUAGCUGCAAGGGACGCAGUAGCAUUUUCUGGAGGACCCAGUUGGGACGUGCCUAAAGGAAGAAAAGAUGGAAGGAUUUCAAAAGCAAGCGACACAAGGCAAUUGCCAGGUCCCGCCUUCAACAUUUCUCAGUUACAGCAAAGCUUCUCCCAAAGAGGACUUUCCCUCGAAGAUCUUGUGGCUCUCUCAGGGGGUCAUACUCUUGGAUUCUCCCACUGUUCUUCAUUCCAGAACAGAAUACACAACUUCAAUUCAAGUCUGGACAUCGAUCCAACGAUGAACCCAUCUUUUGCGGCCAGUUUAAGGAAUGUAUGCCCAGUGCACAACAAGGUUAAAAAUGCAGGUGCUACAUUAGAUUCUUCAACAGCCAUUUUUGAUAAUUCAUACUACAAACUACUUCUCCAAGGCAACACCCUUUUCUCAUCCGACCAGGCCUUACUCACUGCACCAAAAACCAAGGCAUUGGUUUCCAAAUUUGCUAGUUCCCAAGAAAAUUUCGAAAAGGCCUUCGCCAAGUCCAUGAUCAAGAUGAGUAGCAUCAGUGGCGGCGGUGGGCAAGAGAUUAGGCUAGACUGUAAAAUAGUUAAUUAGGUGAUUGAAACUAUCAAACAUUGAAGACUUCCAGUGCUUUCUUUUUGUGUCUGAUUUUGUAUUGAGGUUGUGCUUCUGUUCUUGUGGGAGUUCUUUUCAGGCCGUUAAAAUGAAUAGCAUUGUUUUCAUUUCUUCUAAAUCUAUGAGGUUUGAAGUGUUAUGUUAACUGUAAAGUUAAUUUCACUUGACCACAAGACUAGAACAUGAGUCCAGAGUUGCAUUAUUGUAUUUAUGAAAUUAGUGUUCUGGCUA